AUGGGCAAGUUGCCCUUCUUUUGCUGUGAGGCACCAGGCGUCCUGAAGGUGUUCAAGGGACAGCUGAAAAAGAAGUUAGGACAGCUGAAAAAGAAGUUAGGACAGCUGAAAAAGAAGUUAGCCCAGGUGCAAGAAGAAAAUGGACAGCUGAAAAAGAAGAUAGUUGAUUUCACCCUGGAUGCUGACACGGCUCACCCCAGAUUGGAACUAUCUAAAGAUGGGAAGAGCAUGAAAGAUUCUGGCACCAUCAGAAAGGUGCCCAGCAAUGAGAAGAGAUUUGAUUCCCACAUUUUUGUGCUGGCAAAGGAAGGAGUCACAUCUGGGAAACACUACUGGGAAGUGGAUGUUGGAAAGAGAAGAAGCUGGGCCUUGGGUGUUGCCCAGGAAUCUGUCACUCGCAAAGGGACAUUGACGCUGUCCCCUAAGAAUGGCUUCUGGGUCAUAGGAUUUGCAGAUGGGAGAGAGUAUUGGGCCUACACAGAUCCUUGGACCCGCCUGAGUGUGAGUGGGAAGCUGCAAAGGAUUGGGAUCUUCCUGCACAUCUCAGCCAAGCAGCUGUCAUUUUACAACAUCCAUAAGAAAACAAUUCUGUACACUUUCACCUUGGGAGGUGACAGCAGCCAGAAAGAGAAGCUUUUUCCUUUCUUCUCCACAGGUCCUGCUACUACCAACCCUGAUGAUGACCCUCUAAGAAUAGCGCUGAUGUUUGAUCAGGAUGAUGAGUGA